UAACCACCGAGUCUUGUCAAAGCAAUUUGGAGUCUUAUUUUUUGAAUUUAUAUUCUAAAGUAGCUUUAGAGUUUCUUAUAAGAAUAGCACAAGAAAUUUAAAUAUAAUCAUAGAAAAUAUUGUCAUAUAUUGUUGCAAUUGGAUUAAUUAAAUAUUUAAAAUAUUGUUAUCCGUCAUUUCAACAGCACUAGAGGCAUUCACGUGUUAAUAGUAUAAUGGAUAAUAGUAAUAAAAUCGUACCACCACAUUUAAAUGCUGAAGUUUAUAGAACGGACACCACAGGAACUUGCACACAAUCAUAUCUCGACUACAUUCGCUUACACAGUGAUGGAACUGUAUUGGUGGGAUGUUCAGAGUUGACUGGACGAUAUUGGAAUGGGGGUGCCAGUAUUUUUGAAAAGAGAACAGAAGAUAACAAAAUUCGAAAAACAACAAAAAAAGACAUCUAUUUAACCAGUGGGACUGCAGAUGGCUGUUUUGUAGAAAAUUCAAAUAAGAUUUUUCUAUGUGAAGACAGUGGGGCUGUAAGUUUAUGGUCCAGUAAAGAAGAUGAUGCUUGGAAUCAAUGGAGUGAAGAUCUAUCAGUAGCUGAACAUGAUGGGGCCGUGUUAAGCGUAGACUGCUUAGAUCCUAAUAAGGAAUAUGUCACUGCUGGUGCAGAUGGCAAUAUUAAGGUGUGGGAUACAAUAGACUUGAUAUGUAUAAGAAAUUACUUUGCAGCUCAUAGUAGAUCCAUUUAUGGAGUUUCAGUCAGACCUAGGUCUCACACAAGUUUUGCUACUGGAUCAUUGGAUUAUUUUAUUUCUUUGUGGUAUGACAAAAUUGAUUUACCAGCUUUAGAAUUAUUUAAAAAUGAUUGUGGUGUUCGAUGCUUACAAUGGUUUGAUGAAAAUAAUUUGAUAUUUGGUGAUGAAGCUGGUUUUAUCAGUUUAAUAGAUAUACGGAAGCCAGAAACUGCAACUAAACUCAUUGAACUACCAACUGCUGUCCAUAAAAUAGUUAUUCAACCCGAAUGUAACAGACUGUCUGUUUGUUGUGAUAAUAAAAUUGUAUCAGUUUUUGACAUCAGUGAAGAUUUGAAAUUGAGUUUAAUUUAUGAAAAUAGAAAUUUACACAGUAAUUUUGUAAGAGGGUUGGUGUGGGACAAUGAUGAGAGGAAUGUCUUACAUACUGUGGGAUGGGAUGGUGAAUUAAAGACCCACAGAUUACCGUGUGAUUAAGAAUAAAAAUAGUUAAAAAUAAAGUAAAUAUAGCAUCUUCAAAGAUUUAUUAUUUUUCA